GCCGAAUGCGAAAAGUUUAUCGCACAGUUGUUGCUCGGCAUUUAAAAUAUGCCAUUGGCAAACUAUCUCCUUUUUCUCAUUCUGGUUUUGGCGACGCUCCAGACGCCAGCGGCGAAAAAGCAAGGAAAAAAUGCAAUCAAGUCGUUGGGCAGUAGGAUUGCAAAGAAAAAUGCGAUUGUCAAGUGCUGCGGAGGAACUUCUUGUUUGCAAAAAUUUACGACAAAAUCAAGCUUGAACUCGUCAAAGGCUGCUGUAAAUUUCAUUCAUUCAAAAACAGAAACUUUGCCAUCUUUUUCCACUUCAGAAGAAACUACGGAACCUGCAAUUACAGAAGUAACUUCGGAAGCGGAAACAACAAGCGAAGUGUCAGUGUCGGACACAAGUCUAGAAUCCAUCACUUUGACCACCAGUAUAAGUUCAACUUCAACUACGACUGCAACGAUACAAACAACAGAGUCGAAUAUAACGGAAACGAGUGUGGAAUCAGCUAUAAAUUUAUCAACAACUACAACAUCUAUAGCAACAACAACAUCUACAACAACAACUAUAACAUCUACAACGGAGCCACCAAUAAAUGAAGAUGGAAAGUGUGAAACCAUGUUUGAAGUAGACCCAACUCUAAUUGGCAAUAAUGGCACCGUAAAAGAUCCUGAAAAAUAUGGAUUUUGGGUGCAGUCGUGCGGUCAGCAAUAUCUCUUUGGAAAAUCUGUGGUCACUUGGAGAGAGAAUUUGAUAAAAUGCUACAAACUCGGUAUGGAGCCGCUAACUUUUGAGAACGUUUCGAAAUUGGAGUGCUUUUCUAAACAACUCGUUUCCAAAUGGAAGUUUGGUUCAAACUAUUGGACUUCCGCUUCGAGAACGAACGAAAGCGAGUUUUCAUGGUGCACCAAAAACGGGUCGAUUGUGGUGGAAAAACAGCCCUGGGCCGCCGGGCAGCCGCAAAAUUUCAACAAUAGUGAAAACUGCGUUCACUUCAACGUGUCAAAAAAGAACUUGAACUUCACUUUCUCGGACAGAAUGUGCUCUGACCGGCUGAUUUUUGCUUGCCAAGGCGCCCCGACUCGAGCACCCUGUUCAAUGCCCACGUGUCCAAGUAUUACGUGCACCAAAAGCCCAAGGCAUUUUAAUAAAUUUGGAUACUUGGCGCUUCCAAAUUCACAUGGAAGUUGGUUCAAUUACAACGGCAGGACUUUUGUCUACAGCUUCAAAAAUAAAACUGACACCUACGUCGGGGCAACAACGGCUUGUUGCGCAAUCGGAAUGUCUUUGUUGAGUUUGGAGUACGAUUACAAGUACAAAUCAAUCGUUGCAGCAGUCAAAAAUAAUUCCAAUCUGAGCGACUUCUACUGGACUUCGGGCAGCGACCGCGGUUGCAAGUGGAGUUUCGGUUAUUGCGCGGCCAAUAGGAUUUUGAGGCAAGAGGCCGUUUGGGCUUCGGGCCAGCCGGACCACGCCGACGGAAACGAGAGCGCCGUUGCUGUUUUUGUCAACGAGAGUGACGCUCAGUUGUACGAUUUCAAGGAUUCGUCUAAAAUCAGAUACAUUUGUGAGGCGAGGGACACGUCGAAAUCAAAGUCGGGCGGAACUGCCGUGCGAGACGAGUGCGCAACCCUUUUCAACGUCAGCCAGGCCGAAAUUGAGUCUUUGUUGAAUCCAUCUUUCCCAAAGGAUAUACGAAUCAAGUGCUUCAUCAAAUGCCUUGGAGAGAAUUCUAACUUGGUGAAAUUUGAAAAUUUAUUUGUAUUUACUCUAAUGAAGUUUUCGCAGAUGGUGAACGGCAUGUUUGUGGAGAACGAGGUGUUUGGAAUUUUGGAAACUUUGGCGGCCGGGAAUGCGGCCGAGUUGCAGAAAAAUGUAGGGGUCAUGGACGAGUGCGGCGGAUCGGUUACGGGAAUGGACGAGUGCGACCGAGCGGCCCAAAUGAUCAAAUGCAGCAGCGAAAAAGCACCCGAGGCUCUGAAUGGUAUUGUCGCAGCUAUGGACAAGUCAAUGCCCAUGGAUCCAGUUCUGUUGGAACCUCCGGCGCCCUGCAGUUACGGCCCUUUCCCUUGCAACGUCUCCUCGGUUCUUGCGCAGGAAGUAGCCAAUUGUUCUGGAAAUUGCACCACACAGAACGGCUUUGUGCGAGACUUGUGCGGCAAAAAAUAUUUUUUCAUCAACAAGCAGAUGAACCUAACCGAUGCGUAUGACCGGUGUUGCCGCUACGGAAUGCAAUUGGCCUCCAUUGAAUCUGUCGAGGAACUCAACUGCCUCACGUUUGCAAGCACUCCAAUAUCAAACGCGUGGACGUUUGUGGCUGGGAGCAUGGUGAACAGCACCAUUCCGCGCUGGUGCACCUCAAACGCCACAUUUUCCUUCGUUGGAUACUCGCAAGUUAUCACCACCAUCUACAAUCCGCCCGACAAUUCGUACAUUCUUGUGCCCGACACAAAAAACUUCAGCGUCACCACCUCCUACUACCUUCGCUAUCCAAUGUGCAAAGCGCUCUGAAUUUUUCAUAUUUUGAUCAAUUCAAAAAUCAGAUAAAACGAAAAUUCUUAAAAAUAUCGCGACUAAAAUUGCUUAUAAGGAAAUCUAAUGUAAAACCAUCUGUUUCCUAAAAGAAAUGAAUAAAAAUACAUUAAUUGGCUUUCUUUUUUGAAAUUCACUUUUUUAACAUUUCAAAAUUCUGUAAGAGUUCUGGAUAAGUAUAAGAUAUCAAUAAAUUAAUUAGAAAGACUGAGAACUGCUUCAAAGUUGUGAAUUCAAUCAGGAAACAAUCUUUUAAAAAUCAACAAAUACAAAUCCAGAAGAAGACAAACAAUAUACGCAUAAUAUAUAUUUUAAUUUCAUUGCCCUCUUUUCUUUAAUCAGAAACAAUUAUAAAGUGCGCUUUUCAGAUAUGCAAGUUCUUGUUCAAGUGCUGUUUGUUGCAAUUAAAAUAAUAUUCCUUGCAUUUUAUCAGGAAGAACAAGCGCAAUAAAAGAGUGCGCGUGUUUCUUGAUGUACUUCAGUAUUCACCACAGGUUUCCUGAAUUACAAGAAGCAUUUUAAAUUCCUCUACGAUGAAACAAAUUUUGCUUUUUGUGGUGGGAAUUUCUUCCCUGGUAAAUUGUCUUGAUCUGAUGGACUCGAGCAUGUUUUCUGAUCUGCCAAAUUUGAUCCCCGUCAGCUUCGGACCGAACUACAACAGGGAGGCAGUUUCGCGGAGAAUUGCAUCUUGGCGGCCCAAGAGCGGAAGGAAUAUCUGGGAGUUGAGUGGUCUUCGUGAGGGAGACAUAAUGGACCAACCUGGGGACAAGGGCAGGAACGUCAUCAUCGACCCCAAGUACAACUGGCCCAACAAC